AAUCACAACAAAACGAUCGCGUCACGUGAUACACGAUCACAACAAGGUGAUUUAUCCACUCAGAAUUAUGCCAAUGGUGGAUUUAUCCUGUCCAGUGGCGGAGAGACAAUUGAGUAGAAGAAUUUCCCUGGUCUGACAGAUAUCAGUCAACACUGUACUCAGGAUAUGGCGGAGAAAGGUACGUCGGUCCACGUCACUGGUAACCAAGGAACCGCCCACAGUGUGUAUGCCAUCGGAAUCCACCAAGGGACUCUAAACGUAAACAAUUGCGUGGAUGAAGAAAGGAUCCGUCAUUUAAAAGACCAAACAAGGAAAGACAUUGAUAUCUGGAACAGAGGAAUGGUCAGAGUGUCUGCCAUUGAAACCGUCAUAGAGAAGCUUCAAACAAGGCACCGAUGGGUAACUGUUACCGGAAAUGCUGGUGACGGCAAGACAACUCUUGGUUACAUGACGCUGAAGAGUCUGCAGGAUGACGGGAAGGAAGUGUUCAAGAUUAAUACCCCCGACGACUACUUCGUUGUCUUAAGGAAGACUCCUGACAGUGUCGUGUUCAUGAACGAUGUUUUGGGAGUUUUCGAUUUUGACCAAAGAGCUCUUAGCACUUGGCUUCACGUGUUUCAAAUAAUUUUAGAACGAAAGACCAAGGCAGCUGAAGACAGAAGUUGUCCAAGCAUAAUAUUUGUGAGCAGGCUCAAUGUUUUGGAAGCUGCAAGGAAUCAGUUAGGGAAAUAUGGAGAUGUCAUUUUGGAAGAGGAUGCAAUAGUCAAUCCUGAUAAGCUGAAUACAGAUAAGGAGAAACUUGACAUAUUAAACUUUCAUCUUUCCAAACAUAAUAUAAGUGACAUUCCGGAAAGUACUAAGAUGGAAAUAUACAGUCAGUGUCCUCAUGGAUUUCCUCAUUGCUGUGAGAUGUAUGUUGAACUGAGAACCAGUGGACAUGUAAUUGAUAUUGUCAAGUUCUUUUCUUCACCUCUCAAAUUUCUCAAUUACACCACACGUGUUUUGAUUGAUAAACAGGAAUGCUACGAUCAUUUUAAAAUACUUUUGAAAGCAGAUGGCCAACUUGAUAUCUCCAGUAUUUCAGAUGCAACCCUACGAACAGAGGUGCAAAGCACUGCUUCUAGUUUAUUAGGAAGCUAUCUUAAAAUGAGUGGAAAUGGUGUUGCAUUCUCCCACCCAUCCAUCUAUGAGAGUGUGGCAGUAGCAGUUGGAAACAAAGACCCUCUCUUUGCUGCACAAGAGUUUCCUAUUUCAGUCAUCAUGCAAAAGUGUAAAGUGCAUGUGCCACAGGGUGGUGCGAAUGAGAUGUGCAUCUUCUUCAAUGAAUCGUCCUCAGCCAUGGACGCACUUGUUCAGAGGCUGGCUACAGAAAUACGUCAGGGGAACUAUACCGUGAUACAACAUGAGCUCUGCUGUGAAAGGAAGCUCUGUGAGCAGAUGAUAAACUCAAGUGUCUCUAACACCUAUUUCCCAUUUUUUGGCCGGGCAUGGAGGUGCAUUGGUGUCAACAGGAGAGGCAGGACAGGGAGAACCUUGCUGCAGUCAGCUGUAGGAUGUUGCAACACCAUUGCUGCUAGGAUCCUUCUGGAACGUGGAGCAAACGUGAACAUUUCAAAGCAGGCAACUUCAGCUAGAAGUAUCCUCUCCUGUGUAGUCAGAAGCUUCUUCAAGGAUGAUCCAUAUGCUCUGUUCAGGCUUCUGGCUUAUGGAGAGACUAUACUUCACGAAGCGUGCAAGAAUCGCGAAGUUGACGUUGAUCUACUUCGUAUGUUGAUUGAUCAUGGAGCAAACGUCAGUAAGGCUAAUGAGAAUGGAGAGACGGCCUUGCACGUCCUAUGUCAAAGAGAAAGCGAAGAUCAGGGGGGUAUACUGGAGGGAUGGACAGACGCGACAAAAGAUACAAGGGUCUUCAAGGCGGACAGUUGGGAGAUCCUGGUGGACUAUCUGUGUGAAAAGAAUGGUAUAGAUAAAGAGGAACUAGAAGCUACACGACGUUCUUUGGAGGAAGGACAACAGGGGACAGAGACGGAAGAGAUGAAGGCUAUCACACUGCUGAUACGAAACGGGCUGGAUGUUACAAAGACCGAUAACUAUGGGCAGACACCCCUUCACUUACUGUGUCAGAGAUCUCGUGUAGAUGUUAGAACAGUUCAUCUGUUGAUCCAAAAUGGCACUGAUGUGAACUUAGCUGACAGAGCUGGAAACACUCCUGUGCACUACAUCUGUAAACGGAGCAAAACAGACAUCAGUACAGUGUAUCUGCUCACAGAACCCCGUGCCGAUAACACACUGAAGAAUGUACAAAGAUAUACUGCCUUACAGUAUUUGUGUCAGUGGCAUAAAGUCAGACUUGCCACAGCAUCUCUUCCGUGACAACAGAUGACGACUGUGUUGCAUUGUGUGUGUUUUGGUAUUCCGUCCGAGCUGCGGUUUGUAUACUUUAUGCUGGCUAUUUGGUUUCAGACGUUUCUGUGUGUCUUUUAGCCCAAAUUGCACACUCCCAGCAUUUUUGGUGAAACAUAACCUACCUAGAUAUUAGAUAAUUGUUCAAAAUGCCAUUUUCAACACUAUAUUUUGUUUUAUUGCCCAUACCGGCUAGGAUACACAGGUGAUUAUUUGUGUGAUAAUCGCACACGUGCUUUUCAGUGAUUCUCAACGUUGAUUGGUCAGCUAAGCAGAGAAGAAAUAUGAUUGGUUGACGGAACUACUUUUAAUGAUCCAAGUUCAUUGACAACUUUUGCCGUUUCAUUGAUAAUUAGAACGUGCUGUCCAAACAACUUCCGAGAUUUAUCAAAGAAAACAGAAAGGUUAAAGAAUAUGAAUACUCUUUUUAUUAGACAUUAUUAUUUUGCAAUAAAAUUUGCGUUAUAAAUA